AUGGGCACAUCAUCGACGGCAUUCAGCUUGAGUGGCCGGCAGCGGCAGCGGAAAACUGCGAGUUCACGAAGCCGCAACCUUGGCACUGAAGAGGCCGGGGACCAUGGAGACAACUCCUGGCUGCUUGCACUACGGCACCUUCGGGCCUCAGCAAGAGGCCGUGUACGGGCCGAUGUAGUUUCUUUUUCUGCAGCUGGAAGUGCUUGCCAGCGGGCGAAACUCUGGCAUUUAUCCCUGCAAAUACUCGAAGAGCUGCGCCAUUGCUCAGUGCGUGCCGACGCCCAUUCCAAGAAUGUUGUCCUGAGCAGCUUGACGAGGGGAAGGAGGGGCUGGAUCGCGGCCGCGCAGCUGCUGGAAGAUGGAAUAGUUGGCGAUCUAGUAUCUUACGCCACAGUCAUGCAGGCGUGUGCUUCCACGAGCCCGUGGCAUCAAGCCAUAAACUUGCUCGCUCAGACGGGAGCACGGCGCUUGGGCACCAACAACAUAGCGUGCACGAUUGGACUGGCAGCCUGCAAGGCGGGCAGACGGUGGGAGCAUGCUCUGAAGAUGGUCGAGGGCAUCGCCUCCCAAAACGUUGAGGUUGAGAUCCGUACCCUCACGGCCACCCUCACCAGUCUGGAGCCCAGCGCAUGGACGCUUGCCCUGCGCAUGUGCCAUGAGACAGCCACCAUCUCUCUCCGAGCCGAUUCCGUGUUCUGUUGCGCCGCCAUGAGUACCUGCCGGGAGCCUUGGCGUCGGGCCUUGCAAUGCCUGACCACACUUCGUGCACUAGGUAGGGCCGGUGGGGCAAGCCUACGGGCUGGUGCCGUCGCCUUCGGUACAUCUACGAAGGCCUUGGAGCUGAACACUCAGUGGACAGAAGCUUUAACAUUGCUUAAGAUGCUCACCGAAGAAGGCCUUCGGCCAUGUGCUGCAGCGGGUGUCAGCGCUUGCAGUGCAUGUGGCCAAGCUUCGUUGUGGCAACGCAGCCUCUGCAUUCCCCUCUCUGGAGCUCCGGCCACAGUGGCUGCGUGCAGCCGAGGCGAUGCGUGGUGCAUGGCGUUGGCUACGGCGGCGCUUGAGCAUCGGCCCGCCGAGGUCCUGCGGGUCACACUCAACACAGCGAUCAGCUCCGUGGGGAAAGUGGGGCGGUGGCAGAAGGCCUUGCGGAUUCUUUGCCAGCUGCGCUUUCAGCACGCAGUUCCGGACGUCAUCUCACACAACUCCGUCAUAACGGCCCUUCGGCAUGUUUGGGAAGAUGCUUUGGCGGUUCUUCGACAUCUACACAGCCACCAGCAUGAAGCAGGCUUGGUCAGCUUCAACGCCGCUUUGCAUAGCUUGGCGGAAGGAGCCCAGUGGCUGCUUUCCCUGCAGCUUCUGCGAGGGUGGAGGCAACGAUCAAGCACCACCUCCAGUAUUACGUGCAACUCCCUCAUAUCGGCCUGUGAGAACAAUGGACACUGGCGAGCGGCGCUGCAGGUUCUGGCAGAGCUGCCUGGGUUGAGAGUGUUUCUGGAUGAAAUCAGCCACAACAGUGCCAGCAGUGCUUCCGAGAAAGGCUCUCAGUGGACUGUCGCCUCAUGCUUGUUGCAAGCUUCUGCCCGAGGGAUGAAGGUUGAUGUCCUCAGCUUCGGGUCGGUGGUGGCAGCCUGCAGGACUCCAGAUCGGUGGCAGGUUGCCACGAGUGUAUGCAGCGAGAUGCGUGCGGUGCAGGUCCAAACAGACCUGCUGACGUAUAGUGCGGCUCUGAGCGCUCUGGGCAACGCGGGAAAGUGGAAGCAAGCUGCACUCUUCCAAGAUCAGGGCGGUACUAUGGAGGACUUGUCUUGCAAUGCUUUGGCCUGGGCUUUCGCACAAGGUGAAAGACUCCGUAGAGAGUGA